CCCCGUUGUCUCCGCCAUUAUAUUGAAAUGUCAGCAACUACGCCGCAGCGGCACAUAUAAGAACACGCCCAGACCCGGACAACGCCCCGAUACUCUCUCACUUCGUCGUCAUCCACAAUCUGUGGUUACGAUUCUGGAUUCUCUUCAAUCAGCUUGCAGUCACCGUCAUGGAUAGUGCCACACAUCCUCCCCGUCGGGAUCCGCCUGGCCGCGUUAAGGAGUUCAUUUUCUCCCGUCUCCACUGGAAUGUCUUGGGAGAACUAAGUGAAAUUGAGGUCGAGGACGGCGUCGAUGAAAAUGGCACGGAGAAGCUCAGUCCUUUCCUCUCUCAUCCGAUUGCGGCAGAGUCUAUCGCACAACCACCAGUCUCCGUCGCCUAUGUGCACAGCUCGGACAUCUCUGCCGGUGUUCAUUUUUACAUGUGUACGUACGGGUUCGAAUACAAAGGGUUCCUCAUCGAAAACACAGAUGGACGCCCAAUUACAGUAAAGGACGUCGUAACUGGGUUCCACGAUCACCUGGAUCAGCCAUGGCACAAGCAAAUUCUCAUCACGUAUAAGAAGAAUGCCAUCCCAAACCCAACGGGUACGGCUCCUGUCAGCGCUACCGAGAACACGGGUCGUACGCAACCUCCUGUAAUCUUCCUCAAGCAUAUACAUGCGCAAACUUUGAAUGACCGCGCUUGGCUGAACAUCUCCACUUUCCUCAUAGGCGAAUUAGGAAUCUCUGUUGAAGAGUUCUGGGCCAGGCGAAAAGCAAAUAGGCUCCAUCUAGGUUAAGGAUUCCGAGCCUAACACAUCAGGGCAAUACAGGAACAUGGCCCCCAAAUGUAGAUGCAACAAUGCGUGGCGGCAUCGCGAGCUUCGACUUGGCUAUUGCUUACUAUCAUACGACAGGGAAUCCGGGUCAAACGGUUAUGGACUGGUGGCACGGUUCAAUAUGUAUGAGUAGUCAGUUGUACGUCUGCUUUAAACGUCUGGUCAGUGAUUCCACCGAAUGUUGCACCACUUGACCACAUUGAUGUAUGUACAAGGAUAUUAAAGCAUCA